AUGGCGGGGCAGGGCUUUUGCCAGCUCGCGCGCGUACCGGUACCUGGCCCGGACCCGGACCGCGCUGAGCUGCGAGUACCCAGAGGUACCGCCCCCUUGCGCCUCUCUUACGCCAGGCCAGCCCAGCACACACCACAGCACGGCAUCAAGUCCAUCAAAUCCAUCCAGCUGGAGGGGCCGAGCUUCGCCCCUCUUGCGCUGACGGGACCCCCGCUGGAGGCACUUGGUAGCGUCGGUCGCCAGCGCAGCACGCCGCUGUGUCGCAGGUACCUGCAACGCCUGUACCGGUACUUGGCCGCCGCGUCUGGCACGUCGCCGGGCCUGCGAGGUCGCGGUACAAGCGCCCCGUCCGACGCCCCCUCUGCUGGCCGUACCGCGCUGUACCUGUCUUGCAACAGCACAGCACAGCGCACAGCGCACUCCAGCAGCCCAGGUUCCCGCGCUCCCUCCAGCGCACUGCCCACACUCAUGUUCCCACCAUUUUCGCACCGCUGCCAGCCUCCCCCUCCCCCUCCAUCCCUCUUUUUUUUCUUCUUUUUUUCCCGCCCGGCUCGACUUUUCUUCCAGGCCUUCUCCAGUGCCCUCUGCCCGCUAUACCCUCUGUACCAUCCCCCCCCCCCCUCCUUCUGCGCACCCACCCCUCCCAAAAUUCUUACCCCCCAGUGGCUUGCUGUCCGCGUCCCCCGAAUUGAAAUCUUUCCCCUCCCCCCCUCUCGCCGUCUUUUCCUUCAUUUACUUGCCCUCGCCCUCUUAACUCGCCUCUCCCCUCUUCGUCUGCCACCAUCUUCGUUGCCCCCAACGACAAACUACACCAAGCCCGAGCAUCACCAUUCUCUGCCCGAAUCCCCCGAUUCUUCUAUCCGUCGAGGCCUCCAGCAGCCUCUUAAUACCGUAUCUUCCAAUGAGCAGCAUCAACAUCGGCGCCACCGCAGUCACACUUUAAACCCCACGGGCGCGCGUGCGAGCGAGGAGCUAGGAGUCGAGAGAAAAGAGAAUUCGCAAUCCCACCAGAGCACGAGUACGAUAUUCAACCAUCGUAGCGUCCGCCCCAGCCGGCACAGCCGAGCGUCGCGUCAGCGCCAAAACCAACCCAUCGCCAUCUUCAUCCCCCCAUCAACCACAGCACGCGACUUUUGCCCAAAAUGCCUGGCGCCAGCGUCGCAGUUCUCCCGCCCCCAGCGGCCUCGACCCCGUCCUCGCGGAAGGCGUCUCUCGCGCCAGAACGCAAAUACAAAUGCCAGUUCUGCAACAGAGCCUUCAGCCGAAGCGAGCAUCGAAGCCGUCAUGAGCGAUCACGUACGUUUCCCAGAGCCCCCAAAAAAAGAAAAAUUCUCCCUCGAUGAAGAAGAGAAAGAAAACCCCCAUUACUUUGAGCAUUCUUCGCUCUCCAACAUGACAGCCCUGCUAACUUCCUUCUUCUUAGAUACCAAGGAGCGUCCCUUCAAGUGUAUGAAGUGCCGAAGCACCUUUGUUCGUCGCGACCUCUUGCUCCGACAUGAUCGCACAGUCCACGCCAAGGAUGGCGGCGUCCCCCUUCACAGCGACGGCAAGCGUCGUGCUGGACCCAAGACUCGAGCCAUCGGCGGCCCCUCCAAAUCCUCAAUCGCCUUGGACACGUCCACCCUGGAGCAGAUGGAAGCUGGCGGCGACGGCAUUUUCGAUGUCGAGGCCGCCGCCAUGCUCGUCGCCGACCUGCAUCACAAGGCCACUGCUGCCAUGCGUGGAGACGAUGGAUCGUACGAAGACGGCGCAUCCAUGGCCUUCUCUCCGCGAAGCUCCACCGUCAUGGAGCCUGCCGUCACCUACCCAUCCGGUGCCAUCGCCCUCCCGCAAGUUCAGUGGGACAACUUCAUGGCCGAGCCCAAGCCUCACUCCAUCACCUCGAGCGCCUCGGACUCCUUCGAGUCGUCGCAGCCCUUUGCCGGCGGAAACAGACUGCCGCACCAUGCCGCACAGCUGCCUCCCUUCGGUGGCCGGAACUGCAACGGUCUUGUGCCGGCGCUUCAGUCCAUGAUCAAUUCGCUCCCCGCCUCUGGCCCCGAGAUCCCAGCCCCUCAGUCUCCCUCCGCGGUAGACUCGCAGCAGGCUGGUUUCAGAGCUCCCCAGGUCUCUGGCGAUGAUGAGCGAAACGCGAUCCUGGACAACAUCCGCAGCACUGACCGCGAGCACGCCAUUCCCGAGAGCUUUCGCCUUCCCGGCCUGGGCUCUCUGAACCGCUACCUGGCCACGUACUUUGGGCUGUUCCACCACCACCUGCCCUUCCUGCACCCUGCCUCCUUCACCCCGUCGCAGGUGUCGCCGCCGCUGCUCUUGGCCGUCCUCAGCAUCGGCGCUCUCUACGCCUUUGACCAGGACCAGGCCUACAUGCUCCACAUCGGGUCCAAGGUCCUAGUCAACCAGUUCCUCCAGAACAAGGAGAACUUUAGCUCCCGCAAGUGUCCCCUGUGGACCAUGCAGAGCUCUCUCCUCAACAUGAUCUUUGCCAGCUGGAGCGGCGACCCCAAGGGCUUGGAGUGGGCAUGCUCCAUCAAGAGUCUCCUCGCCAACAUGGUGGCCGGGAACCGUUACGAGCUCAAGCUUCGCCAGGAGGCCCGCGGCUCGGCCAAGCCUACUCGCGCAGAGUGGGUCGAGGACGAGGGCUGCCGCCGCACGUACUAUGCGGUCUACAUCUUUUUUGGCUUGCUGACCCUGACGUUUAACCACACCCCCGCCAUCGGCUUCAACGAGUUUGAGGACCUACAGCUGCCUUCGACCGAGGCCCUGUGGAACAUGCAGGUUGCCGACGAGGCUGCGUGGGCCGAGCAGCUCGACAAGUCGCCCGCCGCCAUCUUCAUGGAAGCCCAUGACAAUCUGUUCCAGGGCGAGGCCAUCAAGUACAGCGCCUUUUCCACCCGUGUCAUGAUCAAUGCCUUGUUCCUCGAAGUAUGGUACCACAAACGUAGCCCUGAGGCCUUGCAGGAUGUCGUGACCGAGUACAAGCUUAGACUCGCCCUGGAGACGUGGGAGAAGUCGCUGGACCUGUGCGAACCGGAAUCUGUCGUGGUGCCCCUUAGCGCUCCCCACAAGGGCCACCCCCUCAUCUUCAAUGCCCGCGCCAUGUACCGUAACGCCCGCGCCCGCCUCGAGGUCGACCUCAAGACGGUGCAAGAGGCCCUGCGAUACCACGAGCCGUACGAGGUCGCUGCCGCCAUGUCCCACGCCCGGGACCGCGUCAAGCGCUCCAGCGAGAUGAUCAAGGUGAUUGAGGAGUGCUACAACUGCCUGGAGACGGCCGUGGUCCAGGGCGUCCGCUGGGUGGCGCGCACCUCGUCGACCAACUGGAGCGUCGAGCACCCCCUGUGCGGCCUGGACCUGAUGAUCGUCCUCACGCUGUGGCUGUACCGUCUGGAACACGACGAGGAGCCGGCGACGCCCGAGGAGGUGGCCAUGUACUACAAGGUCCGCCAGCUGUUCGUCAAGGACUUUGACGAGAGCAUCAUCGCCAACCUGAGCUCCGUGGUUGCGCGCCUCUGGGGCUCCAUGUUGGACGAAGUUGUUGUGUGGGGAAUUACGCGCCUCAUGGGCGAAUCAUUCAAGCUGCAUUCAGAAGCCCUUGUCGGCUAUGUCGGCGACGAAGCUUCCUCUAAUGUAUCGACUCCCUCGAUGACCUCGCAGGGAGCGGACGAGGACAGCGUGUACUAA